CUGAUCUGCACAUGCUCUCAGCUGGACUUGGGGCUACUACUUACUGCAUCUGAAAGGCUGAAACUCACUGGGAAUAAAGAAUUCUUGUAACAAUGCCAGAACCCACCAAGAAAGAUGAGACUGAAACUGAAAGUGCACCACCACCUCCAGAACAAAAAACACCGGAGGAGGGUGGAACUGAAAAGGGUAAAGUAUGGUCUAUUGGAGAAGGAGAAGAGACAGAAAAAAGAGACAAUGAUGCCCAAAGAUCCACUUUAUUCAUCGAAAAACCUCAGAGCGGUACCGUUAGUGUUGGUGGGAAUAUCACAUUUAUAGCCAAAGUGGAAGCCAAAGAUCUUCUCCGAAAGCCAAAUGUUAAGUGGUUUAAAGGGAAAUGGAUGGACCUGGCCAGUAAAGCGGGGAAGCACCUGCAGCUGAAAGAGUCCUUUGAGCGUCACACGAAGAUUCACACAUUUGAGAUGCACAUAAUUCAAGCUAAGUUAAACUAUGCAGGGAACUAUCGCUGUGAAGUAUCCUAUAAGGACAAGUUUGACAGUUGCUCUUUUGACCUCGAAGUCACUGAAUCUUCCCAAGCUGCACAAUCCAUUGACAUCAGAUCUGCUUUCAAAAGAAGCGGUGAUGGACAAGACGAUGCAGGAGAACUUGACUUUAGUGGUCUCCUGAAACGUAGGGAGGUUAAACAGCAAGAGGAGGAACCUGAGGUCGAUGUGUGGGAGCUCCUGAAGAACGCGAACCCCAGUGAAUAUGAGAAGAUUGCUUUUCAGUAUGGUAUCACUGACCUGAGGGGCAUGUUAAAGCGUCUGAAGCGCAUGCGCAGGGAAGUGAAGAAGAGCGCAGCUUUUGCCAAAGGUCUUGAUCCUGCGUAUCAGGUGGACAAAGGAGGUAAAGUAAGGUUCAUGGUGGAGCUAGCAGAUCCAACAGUUGAACUCAAGUGGUACAAAAAUGGCCAAGAAAUACGACCAAGUGCCAAAUACAUUUUUGAGCACAAAGGAAACCAGCGAAUUUUAUUCAUCAAUAAUUGUUCGAUGACUGAUGAUGCUCGCUACUACGUAACAGCUGGGGAUGAGAAAUGCUCCACAGAACUGUUUGUGAGAGAUCCUCCAAUUUUGGUGACCAAGGGCCUGGAGGAUACCAGUACUUACGUUGGUGAACGAGUAGAACUGAGCUGUGAAGUGUCCGAGGAUGACGCAAAUGUGAAAUGGUUUAGAAAUGGUGUAGAACUUCCAAAUGAUCCUAAAUCUCGGUAUAAAUUCAAGGUUGAGGGUAAAAAACACACUUUGAUCAUAGAGGAAGCUGCAAAAAAUGACAAUGCAGUUUACUCAGUAAUGACAACUGGAGGCCAAUCAGAGGCUAAGCUUUCUGUUGAUUUGAGACCACUGAAGAUAUCACUUGCACUACAAGACCAGACUGUGAGGCUUGGGCAGGAAAUCCAUCUGAAGUGUGAGAUAUCUGAGAAUGUGGAAGGGAAAUGGUACAAAAAUGGGCAACUGAUCGAAGCUAGUGACCGCGUAAAGCUUUAUCACAAAGGAAGAAUCCACAGAUUUGUUAUAGCAAGCGCUGCUGUUGAUGAUGAGGGUGAAUACACGUUUGUACCAGAUGCCUAUAACAUUAAUAUUCCAUGCAAAGUGCAUGUUGUGGAUCCUCCUAAACUCCAUCUGGAUGGUCUUGGGGAAAAUAACACUGUGACAGUAGUGGCAGGAACCAAACUGCGACUUGAGAUUCCCAUCACUGGCGAGCCAACUCCAAAAGUCAUGUGGAGUAAAGGGGACAAGUGGAUCACAGACAGUGGAAGAAUACGGGCAGAAACAUAUUCAGACAGCAGCUGUCUGGUCAUUGAUACAGCUGAGAGGGAAGAUUCAGGUCCUUUCAGAAUAACGUUAAAGAAUGAGGCUGGAGAGGACACAGCUCUAAUCAACAUUAAAGUGGUUGAUGUCCCCGAUCCUCCUGAGGCACCAAAUGUGACUGAGGUGGGUGAAGACUGGUGUGUUAUGACGUGGGAACCUCCAGCAAAUGACGGUGGAUCACCCAUCUUAGGAUAUUUCAUUGAAAGGAAAAAGAAACAAAGCUCCAGGUGGAUGAGGUUGAAUUUUGAACUGUGUAAAGAAACAACUUUUGAGCCAAAGAAGAUGAUUGAAGGUGUUGCUUACGAGGUCCGUGUAUUUGCUGUUAAUGCAAUAGGCAUUUCCAAACCAAGUAUGCCUUCCAAGUCCUUUGUUCCUUUAGCUGUUACAAGUCCACCAACUCUCCUGGCAGUGGAUGGAGUGACUGACACCUCAGUUACAAUGAAAUGGAGACCACCAGACCACAUUGGAGCAGCAGGGUUAGAUGGCUAUGUUGUAGAGUACUGCUUUGAAGGAACUGAUGAAUGGAUCGUCGCCAACCCGGAGCUGACAGACAAAACGAAGUUUACUAUCAAUGGCCUGCCAACUGGCUCGAAAAUCCUUGUGAGAGUAAAAGCUGUGAAUGCUGCUGGUGAAAGUGAGCCCAGGUACCACCCACAGCCUAUUUUAGUCAAAGAAGUGAUAGAACCACCAAAGAUUCGUCUACCAAGACACUUAAAACAAACCUAUACUCGAAGAGUUGGAGAAACUGUGAAUCUCGUUAUUCCUUUCCAGGGAAGACCACGGGCAAAAGUCUCAUGGCACAAAAAUGGUUCUCCAAUUGACAAGAAUCAAAUCAAUAUCCGCAACACCGAAAAUGACACUAUCAUCUUCAUCCGGAAGGCAGAAAGGAGCCACUCUGGAGAAUAUGACAUGAAAGUGGAAGUAGAGAACUUGGAGGACAAAGCUACAAUAGAUAUUCAGAUUGUUGACCGCCCAGGCCCACCAGAGAUUGUAACUAUUGAGGAUGUCUGGGGAGAGAAUGUAAAUUUAUCAUGGAAGCCACCAAAAGAUGAUGGUAACUCUGCCAUUACUGGGUACACUAUUCAAAAAGCAGACAAGAAGAGCAUGGAAUGGUUCACAGUAAUGGAGCACUACCACCGCACCAGUGCCACCAUCAACGAGCUCGUCAUAGGGAACGAGUACUACUUCCGCAUCUUUGCUGAAAACAUGUGUGGCCUCAGCGAGGAUGCAACCAUGACCAAAGAGAGCGCUUUGAUUGCAAAGGAUGGUAAAGUCUACAAAUAUCCAGUUUACGAUGACUUUGACUUCACUGAACGGCCGUUGUUUACUCAGCCUCUAGUCAACACGUUUGCUGUAGCUGGUUACAACGCCACUUUGAACUGCAGUGUUCGGGGCAACCCCAAGCCCAAAAUAACCUGGCUGAAAAACAAAGUUGUUAUAAUGAACGACCCCAAGUACAGAAUGUUCAGCAACCAAGGUGUCUGUACCUUGGAGAUCCGUAAACCCAGUCCCUACGAUGGAGGCACUUACAGCUGCCGAGCAGUCAAUGCACUUGGAGAGGCAGAAGUUGAUUGCAAACUGGAAGUAAAAGUUACACAGUAAGGAAUUUUGAAUGUAUAUUGUCACCUAAGGUGGGCUUUCGUUCUUCAGACUGCUGAUGGAUGGAGUGCCUCCGCAUAUCAUUGGGUCAUAUAUGCGUGAAGUGCAAGCAGACAAAACUGAGAGGAAGUGAGACUCCGUCCACAGUGUUUCCUCCCAUGCCAUGGAAAUUGCUAGCAGAAUUACAGCAUUUUAGUUCUUGCAAUGACAGAACAAAUGUGUGGUUG